CGGUGACUUGACGGAUAAAUGAGUUUUGAAGGAGAGCGACGCUUCUCGUCAGCUCCUUGAGGGAAAAGUGAGCGUCGGGCCGUCGCACCUGAGCUCCCGUUAUCUCGCUUAGCCCGUCUGAACUGUAGUUACAGUCCACAACACGGUUUUAAAAUAUGCUAAGUGCGGGUAUAUCGCUGCAUCUGCCGUGCGCUCAGCUUGGUUCAACUUUGCGGAAAUAUGUAACUGUGCCAAAUGAGACUGUAACAUGGAGCAGUCGGCCACUCUGGACGUAGAGACGCUGAAGAUUACCAAGGAGCAGUUCAUCCUUGCAUCCCAGUCCCUGCACCUCCAGCGACCAGGCUGCGAUGCUGUGUACCCAGUGGGUCUCUACGGGUGGAGGAAAAGAUGCCUCUAUUUCUUUCUGCUGCUGCUCCUGGUCACCAUGAUAGUCAACCUGGCCCUCACUGUGUGGAUCAUAAAGGUCAUGAACUUCUCACUGGAUGGGAUGGGAAACCUUCAGCUGAAUCAGGAUGGGAUUCGCCUGGAGGGAAUCUCUGAGUUUCUCCUGCCUCUCUACGUGAAGGAGAUCCAAUCCAGAAAGGACAGCUUGUUGGUCUUGCGGUCAGAAAAGAACGUAACGCUGAACGUCAGGAACAACCAAGGCCAGCUGACCGGUCAGCUCACAGUGGGACCUGAAGCUGUGGAGGCCCAGUGUCAGCGGCUGGAGGUGCGAAGUAAAGACGGAGGAAGACUGCUGUUCACUGCGAAUGAGGAGGAGGUCAGCAUGACAACUGAAAAACUCACCGUCACAGGCUCCGAAGGCGCCGUGUUCGGACAUUCGGUAGAAACUCCCCUGAUCCUGGCGAGGGCUUCUGAAGACCUUAAGCUGGAGUCUCCAACACGGACCCUGACCAUGGAGGCUCCCAGAGGGGUGGAAGUGAACGCAGCCAAGGGGCCGCUGAAGGUCAGCGGUCGAAAAGACCUACAGCUGGAGUCCACAGAGGGAGAGAUACUUUUAGACGCCAACACCAUUCAGCUGGGUGGUCUCCCACUCGGCGUCUACUCGGCAUCACCCACUCAGGCCUUCCAGGAACAGGCCGUAUACGAGGUGUGCGUCUGCCCCAGCGGUAAGAUCUACCUCUCUCCGGCAGAGAGCAGCUCCACCUGCCAGGCCAUGAGCAAUAUCUGCCUCUGGAGCUGACCUGGGAGGAGCGUCGGUUAUCAGGGGGACACCUUUUAACGUCUGCUCCGGAGCCGCUGUGACGGAGACUUCCUCCGUCGCUACAUCUGACAGAAAGUGGAACAGAGACGGAGCUCAAACCCGUUGCUGAGUUCAGAUUAGUACAGGCCGCAGUGGUCUGUCGGAGGUCAGGACUCUUGUGCCACUGACAGUGUCUGAGGAGCUGCAGUCAGAGCGGCUCUCUGAAAUCAGGAUUAUCAUGAGAAAUUUCCACUACCUUUUUCUGGAGUCAGAGGACACACCCUUUAUUUUUCUACUUUAGAGUCAUCGACAUUCAGUGGCUGUUUUGAAAGACUACAUGAGGAAAGGAAAAACACAGGUGCCUUCAUGUUACCCUUGAACCUGUGCAGAGUUUUAAUGGUAAAAGUAAGCACAAUUCUGUCAUGUUUUCCCUAAAAUAGUCCAGAUUUUUGAUUUUUUUUUUAAUAAUCUCAACAGAUAUUUUAGUUUUUUUCACUGUCAGCAGCUGUUUGAUCUGAGAUUAAAGUGAAAUUGUUUCUAUGUGGUACACAUUGUAACUGAAGUUUAAUUAAGAUCUGUUAAAAUCAUAUAUACAUGUCAUGUUGGAUUGUUCAGGUAAAGUUUUACAGGACGUCUCCACAUUAAGGUAAAUAUUCCACCUUUUUUCGAAGAUUCUGAUACCAUAACAUGAUACUAUGCUUUCAAGCAUAUCAAAACAUCUUCAUAAGCAGAUGUUUUCCCAUGUGGCAUGGAAUUGCAGGUGUUCCAAUUUCCAAUUUUGAUUUAUUUUGUUUUCAUUCCAGACUUUGGAAACAGAAGCUGAGAAAAAGAUCAUAAGGCAGUAGCUAUUCCAGAGCUUUCAGUCAUGUUUUACGACCUUCAACAUGGAUGGUAUUACUUGAAGUGCUCAGGAAAAAAAAAAUCUGCUGACAAAACAGCCACUACAUAAGCCCUGUGGUGAGUAUCUUUUUUUCAAACAAAAUAUUAAACAAAUGCUGUCUAAACUUCUCUUUAUAGAUUUUAAUACGACUCCACUCAGUGUGCAAACUGUACUUCUCUCCGAGGCACUUCUUCUCCACUGUGCCCUUCGACUCGAGAGGCUGGCUGACCUUGGCACUGCAGCUGAGAGGCAGGCAGGCAGGCAGGCAGGCAGCCAUGUGUCAGCAGGCAUGGCGGUGUGAAAAGCAUCGCUCCACUCCACUUCCUCCAUCCUUCAUCAUCGCCCUGUGGCAGAGAAACACUGGUUUGGUAAGAGCUUUGAUGGCAUUCUAAGAUGAGCUCAGUCACCCUUUCUGGUUCUUUUUUUUUUAAGUGGUACAAUCAUGGUUUUUCCAAAGAUGCACUAUGAAAUGUUACGAAAUGGGCCUGUGGGCUUUCACUAAACGAUCAAAGGGAACAGUUGAAAACCAAAACAGAUUUAGAUUAAUACUAUAGAAGAAAACCCAGCAAAGUCACACCAGGUAAUCUGGAAGCAGGGGUGUUAUUUUGGUAUUUCUGCUAAAGAAAUCACUAUAAUAGUUAAUUCUGUCUGUCAAAACCUUCAUUACCUGUAAGAGUUAAAUGAGAUUUGCAGAGCAUUACAGAGUGUU